AUGUACCCAGUGAAAACACGACAUUCCCUAGCCUUCCUUGCAAAUAAGGGUGAAGAACAGCAGUGCAGCCCAGGCCUGGUCAGCAGGAAGACGGUGGCCACAAAGAAGACGAAAAAGUCACUGGAGUCGAUCAACUCUAGGCUCCAACUGGUUACAAAAAGUGGAAAGUACGUGCUGGGGUACAAGCAGACUCUAAAAAUGAUCAGACACGGCAAAGCGAAACUGGUCAUCCUUGCCAACAACUGCCCAGCCUUGAGGAAAUCUGAAAUAGAGUAUUAUGCCAUGUUGGCCAAAACUGGUGUCCAUCACUACAGUGGCAAUAAUAUUGAAUUGGGCACAACAUGUCGAAAAUACUACAGAGUAUGCACACUGGCUAUCAUUGAUCCAGGUGAUUCUGGUAUUAUUAGAGGCAUGCAAGAACAGACUGGUGAAAAGUAA